AUGACCAUCACUCAGAAGACUUUCGGUUCCAGGGUCCUUUUGUGUCCCGAUAUUACAAGGUUCUAGAGUUCUUAGUAAAAAAAAAAAUAGAUUUUAAAUUAAAGCGAUCGCAACGCUUGUCACGAGCUGGCUGGCCCAAGAGUCUUGGACGUGUCUCCUAAAAAGGUAAGUUGAUGUUCAAACCUAAAGAAAGUCUCAUCUUGACUUGAAAUUUGAUAGUUUUACCUAGAAAAUUCAUCUAUUUCUUGCCAGUUUUUAAAGGAAAGUUACGAAAAUAUCGUACAGCCUUUUCAAAAGGGCUACCUUCAAAAGUACAACGACCAAUAAUUGCCCUAAACUGCUCAAGGAACCACUAGAGUGUUUUUGUUCCGCGCUUUGCUGCUCAACAAUCUUGAUUACCUCAGACCUCGGUAACGCACACCUGACGUUUCUGAGCAUUUCUAGUGAUCACUUUAGCGGCGUAAGCACCCUUAAGUGACACCUAGAAAAUUUCACAUACGUCCGGGCCGCUUCUGGUUUGCGUUACAGAGGAUUUUGGAACUUUGUCGAUAAAAAAAACUUAAUAGAAAGAGAAAAUUGUAAAAAGUUAUUCGAAUUAUAAAAAUUUGCCUUAAGUUACAGAAGGAGGUCGAUCAAGUUAUCACUUAAGUGACCAGUAUGAAAACGCUUGAGUGAUCACUGAAUCUCUCACGUUAUGAUUUUGAAAGGAAAAAGAACGAAAUCUUGUAGUGGUGGCUCUAGUGGUAUUCAGAGAGCCCUGCUAUUUUGCUUCCUAGUGAUCACUAAAGAGGUGAAGAGAAGGCAAUUUUACCAUCAACGAACCAUCAAAUUCAAAUAACUUGAGUCAACUCUAUAAACUUCUUAAGUCAAUGUUUUUGCUCCUGAACUGAUUCUUCAAAAUUGAAAAAAAAACUUUCAGAUGACGUUCCCCUUGGACGUAGGCGCCAGCCGAUUCUUCAUAGUUCUCUAUCACGACAAGUCUGUCGAAUUCGGGCCCGCCUCUUUCGAAAUCCACUCAAUCGACAUUAGGAAUCCAGAAGACGGUCCUCUGUGCGCCUAA